CAUCGCUUAGAAGAUACGCUCUUUUCGCUCCUUUUAAAUUUGCCAUGACACAAUUAUCAGUUUAUCACCACCGUGUCCAUUUUCCUUCUCUACGGUUCAAUUAGAGUUUUUCUUGUGGCUAUCCACCAGGCAAAGACAUUGCUCUCCAUUUCUAUGACGAGAAAUCAUUUAUAUUACGAGAAAUGGAGUAGUUCCCACAAAUUAUUAUACUUGAAUCACUAAUGCGACUUUUUUUUCUCAUUAAGAUAUAUAUUUUAUCUUGGUUUUCGUUAGCAUGCUUUUCAAACUAAUAAAUGUUGUGUUAUGUGUAAAAACUUUAUAUAUAGAAAUUGCUUUAAAAUAUCAAAUAUAUCCAUUUGUCAAGUUUGUAAUAAUUAAAACUUAAUUAAUUAUGUGCUGAUAGUUUUCUUGUUUCACAUACACCAAUUUAAUCCUCAUCUUCAUCAGUUUCAAAUUAGGUCUCGUUCUUUUCUCCAACGAGAAUUAGAUGAAGAUUAAGAUUUUCGUGGCACACUUUUUCAAACUGCUAAACGAUGCGUUUCGUGCGAAAACUUUCUAUAUGAAAGUUGCUCUAAAAUAUCAUAUAAAUCUAUUUUUCAAGUUUGUAAUAAUUAAAACUCAAUCAAUCAUACGUUAAUACCAUAUCGUUUUGCGUAAAAAUCUUAAUCUUCGUCUCUUCAGUAGAAAAGAACAACACCUUAGUGAUCGGGAGACCAUUUCCGCAUUGAUGACGAAUCUUGGUCUAUAAGAAAUUGUUUAGCUUCAAUAAUUUCUUCUCCAGUCCUUCAGAGUUCAGACUUGGCAAUAGCGAUAUGUCACUGAACAUUAUCUUCUUCUCCUUGAGUCCUCGUCCUUUGUAUAUGGAUCAAUGGAUGUCCUAUUUUAUAGGGGAUUACUAGUUUACUACUACACUUCAAAAUUCUUAAAUGGCAUUCUUAAUUUCUCUAAACUUCAUGUGAACGUCGAUUCCUCUACCUGAGUAUUUUCUAUGUUCAACUUCGUUGUUUAGUGCACACAUGUUUUGCGAUGGUUAGUCCCUUGCAGCUAGACAAUCUUAUGCCGUUGACUGACUCUUCGAAGUUCCAAGUUCCAAUUUGGCCACAAAUUCCUUUCACCAAAACUUUGUUUUGAAGGCAUAGCAUUACUGCAUCACAGAGAAGCUAUGACUACUAUGAAUUCAUCUCUUCUGCCUUCUUGCCGAUGCCUACCAGAAAACACCAAGAACCAUUUUGCUAGCCAUGGCAAUCCUCCACUCUACCACCUUUUGCUUUUCCUUUGUAGCUUCCCUUGCACUUAUCAUACUUGACAGAACGUGUAGCUGCUUACAGUUCACUUACCCAAGCUUUGGCACUCCCAACAAGGCCGAUUUCAACUUCAGCGCAGGCUCCGGAAUAGCAAAUGGAUCCCUGGUGAUCACACCGAGCACCGGCGACAUCAGCCACCGAUCGGGAAGAGUGCUCUACGCAAGGGAGACGCUCAAGCUGUGGAACAGCCGGCGAUCGGCGCUGACAUCGUUCAGGACGGAGUUCGUGCUCAACAUCCUUCCACGGAAUCAGACAGGAGAAGGAAUGGCUUUCAUCCUGACGAAUAACCCGGAACUGCCUACCGACAGCAGCGGGCAGUGGCUCGGCAUUUGCAACAACCGGACAGAUGGCGAUCCGAAGAACCGAAUUGUAGCCGUGGAAUUCGACACGAGGAUGAGCGUCAACGAAACUGACGGCAAUCACGUUGGGCUCGACAUCAACAGCAUCGGAUCUUUGGAUCCGUACCCUCUAAGCAAUGUUUCAUUAAUCCUCUCGAGUGGUGCUGAUGUACAGGUCAGGAUCACUUACAAUAGUACAGAGCAAGUACUGGUGGCAAUUUUAAUCCAGUUCGACACGACUGGGGCGCACUAUGGUUCCAAAGCUUGGUCCGUCGAUCUAUCACAAUUUCUAUUCGACGACGUAUAUGUGGGAUUUGCAGGUUCAACAGGUGAUUUCACCGAGCUGAACCAAAUAAAGUCUUGGAACUUUGCCACAAUCGACGACGAUAUCACGACCGGAAGAAGGCAUGGGAGAAAGGUGCUUCUGCCUCUCGUUGCCUUCAUACUAUUUGCUAUGUCUUCGUUUCUUGUGUUCUUGGUGUGGAGAAGGUCGACGCGGAAGAGAAGGCUCGCCUACCGCAACCUCGAGAAGAUGAUCGACGCCCAUGGCCCUGUCAAAUUUAAGCUCAAGGAGCUCAGGCGUGCGACUGCCAACUUCAGCUCCUCGCGCAAGCUCGGCAGAGGUGGCUUCGGCACCGUGUACCACGGCUACCUGAGCAGCAUGAACAUGGAGGUGGCCGUCAAGCGGGUGGCAGCGAACAACAAAUCCAGUUCCAACCGAGGAGAGCAGGAGUUCGUCGCGGAGGUGAACACGAUCAGCAAGCUCUCGCACCGCAACCUCGUGAAGCUGAUCGGGUGGUGCCACGAGGGAGGCGAGCUGCUCCUCGUCUACGAGUACUUCCCCAUGGGUAGCCUGGACAAGCUCCUGUAUGGCGGUGCUAGACCGGCUGAGCUGACCUGGGAGCGACGGUACAAGAUAAUCUGCGGCGUGGCGUCCGCGCUGGAGUACCUGCACCACGGGAGCAGCAGCCGGAUCCUCCACAGGGACGUCAAGGCGAGCAACGUCAUGCUCGACGAGGAGUACAGCGCGCGCCUCGGCGACUUCGGCCUCGCCCGUGUCAUCCACCUCGACGAGGUGACGCACCACUCGACGCAGGCCGUGGCGGGCACCCGCGGCUACAUGGCGUACGAGUGCUUCUUCACCGGACGCGCCAGCCUCGACACGGACGUGUACGCGUUCGGGGUGUUCGUCAUGGAGGUGCUCACCGGGAGGAGCCCGAGCAGCUCCGUGACGUACCACAACCGCCAGCAGGAGCAUGACCACGACGGCCGCCGCCAGCCGAUGUACAUCGUGGACUGGAUGUGGAGGCACUACGGCGACGGGACGGUCCUGGAGGCGGCCGACGCGGUGCUCGGUGGCGCGUACGACGAGGCUCAGGUGGAGCGCGCGGCGAGGCUGGCGCUGGCGUGCUGCCACCCCAGCCCGAGGGAGAGGCCGUCCAUGAGGACGGCCGUGCAGGUGCUGGUCGGCGGAGCCCCUGCGCCGGAGCCACCGUUCGAGAAGCCUGCGUUUGUUUGGCCUCCCGACGGCAAGCGGCAGGAGAUCGAGCUGCCGCACGUCGGCGUGCUGUUCACCGGAGGGCAGCUCAGUUUCUGCUCCAUGACAUCCACUUCCAUCACCGGGAGGUGAGUAUAGCAGAGAGUUGUACGCUUCGUACGGUCGUACCGCGAGCCGAGCCGCCGCGCGAUGAUUUGGUUUGUUGCCGUAUGUAAAAAGUGUAGCAGAGUUGCACGACUUUCUUGUUCUUGUAACUUGUUCGUAUCGUGUAACAUGUUCAGUUCUUGCUACUUA